CACGACACGUGCUGAGAGCUUAUUGGUCCGUGCAUCCCAUGGACUGCGGAUCCCGAACCAGUUGCUCCUUACCUGUCCUCACCUGUCCUCACCUCUCCGGAUGCCGGACGGCCAUCAGCGGUCCGCUUACGACCCGCCCGAGACACAAACAUGCUGUUUAGUCAAACUUCUUAUACCUGCUUCAUCUCUUCUUUUGCCUUCAAAGCACUUCCCCUCCCCAACCUUGUAGCUUCUUCCCUUUCCCCCCCUUCCCCUCCCGUGCUGACCACGGACAGUAGAUGGAUGUAGUUGGCAUCAUCGUUUCCCCCCUCUCCUCUUCACCACUCCCCGACUUCCUCGCCAAGCAUCUGUUUCUUCAUCCUGUUGUGAAGAAACUGUUAGCAACAGCUGCCCCACCUCCCGGCUGUCUAUAAAGUCUUCUACAGUUUGGGGGCGUGCGGCAAACAACCUUCGACUUCCCGGACAGUUUGUAAGUUUGGGUUCCAUUCCCUAGAGCAGACGCUUCUUCAUACAAGCAACAAGAUGACUGGGUCCUUGUCUUGUCAGAAGGCUGGAGAAAUGCUCGGUCCUGGUGCGCACUGCUCACUCUCGUCACGGUCUUCGCCGGCGUGAGAGGUCACAACUGGAUGGGUGGCGGGUGGAGAUACCCGCUAUUGAGCACUGGAGACAGUAGCGAGGAGAUGUCUGUCUUGCACUCUCCUGGCUACAGCAGCUACGCACGUGCUGGGUACAACACUGGCUACAACAAUGGUUACAACACGAGACAUAACCACAAUUAUCCUGGCCAGCCUUCCAUCUCAGGCUACAACCCAGGUUACGGAAGACACUCGUGGUACGGGUACAGCAACCACCCUGUCGGUAUAGGGUGGGGUCAGCAAAACAGCGGCGGGAGCGCAAUGUCUAGGACAACGUGGGGUCACGGUCUGGGGUCAAAAAGCGGCGAUUCCAGUGCACAAGGAGGGGCUAGCGCAGGAAGAUUUGCUGGAGGGGAUUCCAGCAGCGAAGAUGACACCACUUCCUUUCUGGGCGGCCUGCUGGCCGGUUUAGGCGGGGGUGGCUCGUCCAACAAAGAGCGCUACCCGUUGACUUCUGAAAUAUUGGCAAGAGCGGGUGGGGGCAAUGACGGGUCACAGAGUGCUGAUGUCAGUCUCGCCGGCAGUGACGAUGAAGGGGACGUGAGUGAUGAUGUCGCAGAGGUGGUCGUGGGCGGCAGGCAGGCUGAGGACAGAGGUGACUCCAACAGCUCCGAGGGAGACGAUGUCGGCGAUAAUGACAGCAGUGACAGAUCAGGCCUCCACGUCGCUAGCUACCCGACAAUCAAUUGCCAGGCAGCCAUGGAUGUAGCUGUGCUGGUAGAUUUAUCCCAGAGGGCGUCGGCGCCGGAUGUGACGCAAGUGCGGACCUCCCUGGGGGACCUGGUGGACAACCUGCACGUGCAGAGCGGAGGUCGGCACAUGGCGGUCAUGACCUACGGCUCGCAGGUGCGCCUGACGUCAGCUUUGAGCGGCAACGCUGGACAGCUCAAGACCGACAUAGCGCGACUGACGCCGGCAGGUGGCGCCGCUGACAUGGCACUGGCUCUACAGAGCAUGCGCGAUUUGCUGACGUCACAGGGCCGCCCUAGCGUAUCCAAAGCCUGUGUCCUCAUCACUGACGAGCGGGCGACCAGCAGCCAGAUGGCGGCCCGACAGGCGGCGCUGGCACGCAUGGCUGGCAUACAGAUGCUGGUGGUGGCCGUGGGGCAGGACCUCGGAUGUUGGUGACCUUAGGCAGGUGGCGGACGACGAUGAUUAUCACCUGCUGUUUGCGGAAGGCUACCUGGACUUAGGUUGGCCUCACGAGUCUCAUCUCAAGCACUUGUGCUCAGCUUUGAGGACUUCCGGUAGGCCAGCAACGUCAGCAACAAAGACACUCACAAGGAUCCCCCAACUAACGUCUAAACAGACCGUUAGGCCAACUACCCUGAUGCCCUCCUCGAGACCUGUCUCUCAAAACCCG